AUGGCGUCCCUGCGCUGUAGGCGAGAUCCCUGCGGCGUUAUCUGUCUGAUUCUAACUUAUUUCAGCGUGUUCUACGCGGACUACGUGGUCAUACAGUAUGUCCUCAUCCCCGCCUACUCCGGCAGUGUGUGGUGUACUCUGCACGGCUCAGUGUUCAACCUGAUUCUGCUGCUGCUGCUGGCCUGCCACUCCAAGGCCGUCUUCUCAGAUCCUGGCAUGGUGCCUCUCCCUGAAACCGCCAUCGACUUCUCAGACCUCCGCUCUCAGUCGUCUCGGAUGAAUGAACGGGGCUGCGAGGGCUGGACGGUGUGCAGCCGCUGUGAAACCUACAGACCUCCCAGAGCGCACCACUGCCGGGUCUGCCAGAGAUGCAUCCGCCGCAUGGACCACCACUGCCCCUGGAUCAACAACUGUGUCGGGGAGCUGAACCAGAAGUACUUCAUCCAGUUUCUCUUCUACACCGGGAUGGCCAGUCUGUACUCGAUGGUUCUGGUGGUGUCGGCCUGGAUCUGGAGGAUCCGGAGUGAACGGGAAGGAGACGCAGAGAAGGAAGGAGAAGAGACGCCCAGCAAACACCUGAUAGUGGCCCAUUACAUCAUCCUGCUGGUGGAGUCGGUGCUGUUCGGUGUCUUCGUCAUGGUCAUCUUCUACGAUCAGCUCGUCUCCAUCAUCACGGACGAGACGCCCAUCGAGCAGAUGAGGAACCGGCUGAUGGUGAAGGACCGCGGCUCCUCCUCUUCGUCCUCCUCGUCCUCCUCCCAGCUGCCUCAUCAUCCUCCUCACACCCGCAAACCCAAGCUGGCCCUGCUGAGGGAGGUGUUCGGAAGAGGCUCGGUGUUCUGCUGGCUGCUUCCUCUCCACUCCAGCCCUCCGUCGGUGGGCGGCGUCUCCUACUCUGCUCUGCCCGACUACGACGUCUGAGCCGCGGGAGGACGGACGGACGGACGGACAGGGAGGUUUACUGUGUGUGAAUGUGUGAGCGUGAGUCUUCUGCCUAACGACGAUGUCUUCUCUCUGGACCUGAGAGGUGGAGGAGGACGUGAGUGAAUGACGUGUGGACCUAAAGCAGAAGCUGCAGGCGGACGGUCGUCGUCUCCUGAGAGCAAACAGCACCGAUGUUUAACUACCAGCAGGAUGGAAAUGGAAGAGCUGCUCCUCUGUGGACACUGAGGUUUGACUGAUGCGUGGUUUAUCCAUCCCAUAGUAGCUGCAGAUAAAACGGGCCAGCACCAGAACUUUCCACAGAAACCCUACAGGCUGAUAAAAUGCAGAUUCAGACGCCUGUGAGAAGUGGAUCGGUCAUGAGUUAUCCUUUAACCUCUGAACUCCAGCAGCAGCAGAUCGUUCACAGAACAACCACCGAACGUCUGACCUUCACUCUGCUGCUCGCAGCUCAUCGCUUCCCGGCUGCACCGACCCGUGCAGAAGUUCUGGUUUUUACACAAUCUGUUCUGAGCAAACAGUCCAUUUUCUGCAGAUUUUGAAAUGAGACGUGAAGAAAAAAAGUGAUUUUAAUUAAGAAUCCGAUCAAACUUUGCUUCAUUAAAUAGACGAACAUAAUAACUAACUUGAUGCAGAUGUGAAACCAGCGGAUUUUUUUUAUUGCUGAUGAACGGUGCAGUUUUGCCUUUUUUCUUCUUGAAAGUGAAGCUCUCUUGGAAUAGUUCCUGCAGGUUUUGGGGUUCAGAGGUUUAAAGAAUAACCGAACACCAGCGAUGAUCCUCGUUUGCGCUGAAAGCAGAUUUUGAAUAUUUCAGACGUUUCUUUCUGACAGUUUGUGAAUCGGGGAGGAAACGGCCCAAAGCAGCAGCGACAGGAGGCGGGCUUUAACCAACCACACUCUGUCCGUCACGUUUCAUUACAACGUCGGCUCAGUUUCCACGGAGCUGCUGCGCAUCAGUCAAACCCGGUGCUGCUCUCGGUCUGCGGUUUGGAGGCUAGCUAGCUUUUAUGCUAACACAGCCUGCUUCAGCCAAUCAGAACUGUCCUCGUGGUCGUUGAGCUGUGAAAGCCCAGAAAUUAGUUCGUUACUGAACCUUUUAUUAUUAUUAUUAUUAUUAUUAUUAUUAUUAUUAUUAGCAAGAUGAGUCACAGCUUUAAAAAAAAAAACCCAAACUGGUCACGAUGUGGAUUUUUAAUGUGGAUAUCUGAUGUUUUUAACAGUUUAUUGAACUUGCGGUUACAACACAAGCUCUGCUUUGGUUCUUUUACAUUUUGAUCAUGUAUAGCACGGCACACUUCAUGACCAAAAGUAUGUGGACACCUGAGCGUUACAUGCUGGUGUUUUAGUUGGACUUGCUGUGUGCAUAGAUUUACUCGCGUUAAGAGCUCUGUGCAGACCAGUUGAAUAUUUCCACUCUAAACUGGGAACCGUUUCUUUUUGAAUCUCACUUUGGUCGUACUGAAGCUGGAAACGACAUAAAAUCAGCUCUAACCACCAGCAACAGCCUGAGACGGAGCGUCCACAUACUUUUGGCCACAUAAUUUGUUAGUGCGGUUAAGCUAUGUAGGUCAAAUGUCUCCUUUUUAUUUCUCCUCAUUCUCAAAUAGAAAACUGUUGACUUUAAUAUCCACAUCAUAAAGUCGCCCAACAUAUAUAUUUUGGAUAAAACAGAACAAAUCGGAUGAACUGGGUUUUAUGGGCUCAUCAGCAAACGGGAAACUUCCACAGAGAUUCCUUCAUCGUGUCUUUUCUUCCUCAUUCCUGUGUUUAUUUGAAGUAUGAAUAUGUGCUACUAACUGAAGUGUGUUACAGAUUUACUCUAAAUCCACAAAGACUUAUAUAUAUUUACACAGAGCGGUGCGAUUUCAGACACGACGGACGGAUGCUGUUGUUUACUCGCCCCUAGAGUCUAUUUUUGAUCUCAGACAUGGAAGCAGUGUUCGUCUUUGGUUCUGCUGGAUCUCAGCGAUUCUUUAUUUAUUGUUGCUCUACCAAGAACUGUGCGGUUUUAUGUGCCGGGUGGAGCUGCCUCUGAAUGUGCUGCUUCUGGAGUUUGGACGGCUUUUACAGGAUCUCCAGCUCUUUGGACUCAGGCGUCGCUCUGACGGCACUUUUUGCUGUAAAAUGGUGGAAGUGAAACUGGAGAUGUUAAUCUGAUCUGCCGACCUUAAGCUGGAGCAAAAAGAUACGUAAUAACAGUAAUACGAGUGUUAGUACUGCAGAAGUACUCGAUAAGAAGUAGUCCUGCAGGUAAAAUACUUCAGAAACUAUCAGAAACGUUAGCAAAAUGUUCAGCCGACAACCAAAACAUUCACGACCACCUACAUCAGACUCACUGUGCUAGCCACUGGCAGACCCAGGCUAGUCACUAGCAUGGCUAGGCUAAUCGCUAGCACUCCUCGGCAAGUCAUUAGCAUUCGUAGGCUAUCUUUAGCCGCUAGAGCCCUGGGCUAAGUUAGAGAAUUACUAGCAUCACUACUCCAGCCUUUAGCAUCACAAAUAGCCUUCAGCAAACCUUCAACAAUUUCCCUGAGGUUUGCACAAAAGGGAUCAAUGAAGUUCUAUUCUAUUCUAUUCUAUUCUAUUCGGCUAGCAUCUCUAGGUUUAAGACUAGCAUUUCUAGCCUAACCACUAGCAUCCAUACGUUUGAAACUAGCAUUCCUACGCUAGCCACUAGCAUUUCUAGGUAUGAGACUAGCUUUUCUACGCUAGCCACUAGCAUCCCUAUGUUUGAGACGAGCAUUUCUAGGCUAGAAAUAGGCUAGCAACUAGCUUGGCUAGGCUUGUCACUAGCAGUAUUAUGCAAAUGACUACUAUGGGUAGGCUAAGCUAGGCUAGCACCUAAAAUCUCCUGCAAAAAGAAAAUCUUCAGUAGCAACUAGAAUUUUUAGGUUAGUCAUUAGCAUUCCUAGGCUAGUAAAUAGCAUUUCUAGACAUGUCACUAGUAUCCCAAGGUUACGAUAAGUUAUCCACUAGCAUUCCUUGGCUAGCCACUAGUUUUCCUUGGCUAGAAAUAGGCAAGUAACUAGCAUCAUCGGCUAGUCACUAGCAUUCUUAGCCUAACGACUGGUAUUCUUCGGCUAGGCUAGGCUAGCAACUAGAAUUCCUCUGCCUGCCACUAGCUUUCUGAGGACUUACGGCUAGCUGAGCAUUUGUAACUUCUGUAAUCUUUGCUUUCUCUUUGAAAUACUGCAGAAUUUUACUGGUUUGUAUCGGUGUAGCCACGUUAAAGUCUUUUUAGUGGAUAUAUGAAGAAUUCAAAAGCUAUUUUACAAGCUCACAUUUUAAAAAAUAAAAAGUCUUAAUCUGUGAAGUGACCAAAGCUUAAGCAAACCACAAGUACCUCUAAAAUGUAGAGAGCUGUGAAGAAGUCAAACUUUGGCUUUUACUUUGAAAGUGUCGGAGCUCAGACUCAAAGGCAGCUUCACCCUCCGUGUGUUUUUAUGUCUGUUGUAAUUAUUCUGACCUCCGUGUCCAACCUGGGCUGAACAGGAUGCACAAGGGAACAUAACGACAAGUGCUCCAGCGGAUGACACGAAUGAUGUUUUAACAAAGUACUCAGAACGUUCCUCAGAUGUUUGGAUCAGAACCAGAACUGCCGGUCGGGACGUGAAGUUGCUUGUUUCCCCUCAAAAGUCUUGAAUCGUGCGGCUUCCGUCACGUGGAGCGAUCUGCCUUUUUUUAAUCUAUUUAACGUGUUUUUAGAUACUAAUGACUCUUUCAACAUUUUUAACAGCAAAACAUCAAGUUUGUCCUCAAAGUGGAUCUUGGAGAGAAGUUACGGGAAACAUGCAGAGACGUCCGAUGUUUCCUUCACACUGUGAGCAAUACCGCUAAUAUACAACCAUAUUUAUAUAACACUUGCUUUGGUUUAACACUUAUUUAUUUGAAUACUUAAAAAUAGAAGCGGACAAUAUUAGCAAAAAAACCUCUGUGACUUUGUUCCAUUCUGGAGGAAACUGUUGAAGCCUCCAGUACGUUGAACAUGUUUGCUUCGAUAACGGACUCAAGUUGGAAAUAUGAGUUAGCACGAAGGUCGAUCUGUUGUUCGACUACGUCGACAACAAAUGUAAUCUGAAAAUCCAAAGAAAAUCAUUUAGCUAGUUUAAAAAACGCUACCUGUGUAAUGAAGAAAUGAAACAUGAAACACAUUUCUUUGCAUUGAACACCAGGGGGCACAGUUAGUAUAUUAGACAGAAAACUAAGCAAAAGCUGUGUGGACACGAGGAGCGACUCCACCUGACUCUUCUUCUCUGAGCUAGUAUUUUGAAGUUAGGCUAAUCACUCGUAUCCCUAAGUGAGAGGCUAGCAUUUGUAAAAGUAAUUUCCCUGAAAAGGGAUCAAUAAAGUUCUAUCUUAGCUUAUCUUGUGGGCUAGCAACAAACAUUUCUAAUCAGGCUGUUAGCAUCCUUAGGCUAACCGCUACCAUUACCAGGCUAUUAAUAGGUUAAUGACUUACAUUCCAAGGUUUGACACUAACGCUAAUGGGCAGUAUUCCUAAGCUAGGCUAACAACUAAAAUCUUUAAGCUAGCAACUACCAUCCCUAGGCCUGACAGAAUCAUUGUAAGGCUAAUGACUAGUAUCUAGACUAAACUAGAAAAAUGGAAUCUCCAGACGACCCACCAGCAUUACUAUCUGUCAGUGACAUUGUAGGCUAAUCACUAGUAUCCCGAAGCUAGAGACUAGCAUUUCUAGGCUAGCAACAAACAUUUUUAGACAGGCCAUUAGCAUCCUUAGGCUAACCGCUAGUGUUACAAGGCUAUUAAUAAGUUAAUGUCUUACAUCCCAAGGUUUGACACUAGCAGUCUUAGGCUAAUGGGUAGUAUUCCUAGGCUAGGCUAACAACUAGAAUCUUUAAGCUAGCUGUUAGCAUCCCUAGGCCUGACAGAAUCCUUGUAAGGCUAAUGACUAGCAUAUCUAGACUAGAAAAGUGGAAUCUCCAGACUACCCACCAGCAUUACUAGUUCAGUCAGUAGCAUUCGUUGGCUAAUCACUAGCAUGAGCAGCCACAUCCUUAAUUAUGCAAAACUUUAAGCCUCGAUGCAGUUUAGACAAGCUGACGGUUGUCAUAAACAAGGAAAUUAGCUGCAGAGACCAGAGCAGUUUUCUGCAUGAGGCUCGGUGGAGAUUCGUCACUUUUAUAGCCCCAAGCGCACAUUAAAGGAAAUGCACUUUUUGUCACUUCCGUGUUUGCUUCAUUUCGUUAUCUGAAGUUGACGUUAGCUACUUUUGCUACAUGGUGCUAACAGGGCAGCAGUCGAGUGCUAACGGUAACUGUGACGGAUCCAAAUGAGCAGAUAGGACCACCAGCACACAUGUUCCAGGAUCCUGGUUUAGCAAAUGAGGCCUUAAAGACUGAACAGUUCUGUGGAUGUUGCUGAUAUCGGAGCUGCACAAUAUUCGGUCGUUGUGACGUAGAAGUUGGGAAAAUGAACUCAGACACUUUGACUUUCUUUGCAGCCUGCAGUGGGAAACUGUCCAACGUGUACGUGUGGUAACGAACCCAACAGCUGUCCAAGCUCGUUUUAAUCAUCCUUAGAACAAAGUCACAGAGCUUCUAAAGAGUUCUUUCAGGAAGUCACAGAUUCUGCAACUUCAUGUUUUGUACUGAUCGUCCCAUCGAUGGCCUUCGACCGACUCACUUUGCUCACAGUGUGACUGACAGACGCGUCCUUACAGCUGCCUUAUUGUUGUCGGUGUGUGUAGUUUCACUGCAGUAGAAGAAUAAAUACACUGAAAUGAACAACGUUCCCUGAACGUUUCCCGUAACUCUGUCGGAACACUUGAUCCUCAGCCAGGUCUGGUUUCUGCUGUACAUACGAGGGUUCAUGUUUUCUAUGGAUGAUGUGCAAUUCUGAUGAAGGGACGGUUACUGAACUUCUUUUCUUUCUAUCUGGACGAAACAGAACCAGGUUUGAAAUGUUUUUGUGAAUACUGAGGUACCCGAGGUUUUACCCUUAUAACUUAUCUCGUGUUGAAUUUUACAUUUUUCUCCAAAGAAUGGUUCAGUGAGCGCUGAACGAAAAGUCGCCUCACGGUUGUUAAAAAAACACCUUCAGAACGUUUCAGACGGUGGAUGUUUUAGUCCAGAUGUGUAGAAUAUCAGGUCGCUUGGUUGUUUUUCUGUUUGGUUUGUUUUUGUAUCAUCGGGGUGCGCUUGUUUCAGUUUGUCCACUAAUUCUCUCAGUUAAAGUCCAAGAAAAGGUCACUUUUGUUUGCUGGAAGGAAACAAGCGCACCCCGUUAGCUGUUUUCCAGACAGCGGGAAGGAAUGUGUGUACAAACAAACAAGGUCUGAAACUGACGUCUGGCCACCAGCCCAACUGACUUCAGGGACUUUGUCUGCUUGUUGGAAAAGUUCAGCGCUGAAGCAAAAAAACUAACAAACAAACAAACACUUUAAACCAGUACAACUGCAACAUACCUGUCUUCAGUCCGUCUCUCUUUGUCCCAGAACUGAAAUCUUCUGCUCCUGAACUUCUUCCUGCGUUCGGCUGGUUUGGCUCAACGUUAGUUUCACGUCCUGCAAACUAAACCAACGACGAGUUUAACAUCAUGCGCUUCAUGAUGAACAAGUUUACAACUGACUGAUGUUUAUUUAUUUCCUGUUACAAUCUUAAACCGUGACCUGUGUUUUAUUGAUAUGCUGCUCUGAUUCGUUCAACUGGAAGUAAAACAGACGUCUUUUAAACUA